AUGUACACAAGAAGCACACGGAGUGCUUUAAGCGCUCUCGAUGGACGCGGGCUGGUGGCAGUCAUCAAGAGACAAGUGCCACUGGCGGGGCAGUUGGACCACGAGCUCGCAUGGGGCCAAGGCUGGGGGUGGGUGACAUUGCCCAACGGCGUAUGGAGCGGACGUCUAAUGUGGUCACAGGAGGGCGACGACUUCGCACUCCACGCGAUGCCAAUCAUGCACCACACCAAUGUGUCGCAGGCGUGCUCCGUGCUCGAUGGAGUGACAGCCUACGAGGCCUCAGCAUACGAGCAGGCACUUGCAGAGUACGAUGACACAGCCACCACCUCCGAUGACUGGGACUUUGGAGUCGAUUGCGGCGAUUUCAUGAUGUAA